AUGCUCGACUUCAACCCGACCAAGUUGCGUCAGUGGCUGCUACAGCAACUCGAACCAAUGCAAGUCAAUUUCGAUUGGGUCGAGUCCCAAAACUCACCAUUGCUGUGGACCGCGGCGCACCGAGUGGUUUUCGGUGGUCUUGUACGGCGCGAGAGAGCUGAUUGGGCAACUCCUUGACGCGAACAGUUCUGAUGCAGAUCCCCACGUUCUCGCCGAGUACGUCUUGGCCUUACUCAAGCAUGGCGCGCCUUUUGAGCAAUUGAAGAAGCAUUGCGCCAGCCAGCUGCAGGAGUUCUUGGGCCCUCGUACGUCCUGUCUUCGGCCUCAGCCGAGUCGGCGCCAUUGGGGUGUCUGGUCGGGCCACUGGCUGACAUUCGACAGCACCAUUUGGUCUCGCCUGUUGCCGCUUGGGUUGUCGAUUGCACAGAGACCUCCGCCUUCAUCUCGCGCCUCUUCUUUUACCUAACUAGCGCUUCUACGUCGUCGACAAAGCCAGAUGGACCAGUGCCGUUCAGUAGCUCGUCCUCGGCGGUAGCGGCCUCGGAGACGCAAGCACGAGGGCCGCGAGGUACCAAGAGAUCACAACUAUCUCGAAGCAAUGCUAGUCAACUCGAGGUGGCUGCUAACCGGAUCCAACCGGAACCCCGAACCGCUGCCGCUGGAUGGGCCCCUUCCUCCAAUCUGAGCCCCUCCCCGCUCACGCCGUGGCCUUCAACCAACCCAGGGCCUCUCUUGUGCGAAGCUUACCACCGUAAGUGAGGCACACUACGAAUAUCGACACCGACUACACCUGCGCCGUCCAUCUCCUUUGCUUGCGCCGCCUAGAGCCCUUGCGUCUCGUUUGCAGAGGCUCGGGACAAGCUCUAAUUCUUCGACGGCUCGGACAAACGAAUCUCUUCCCUGCUCGGGCCGAUGGCUGGACCCCGUCUGUUGCGCUAAAGUCAAGCUGUCUCUCUCGCAGGCUACGGCUUCUGUCCGCGAAGCUUGAUGUGCAUCUAUCUGCACGACGUGCGCGGCGAUGCGGGUGCACUGCCCCCGUCGAAACGUGCACCCCAGGAUCCCGCUGUAUGCCCUCAUCAGCUUUUGAUGCCGGCAAGUGCUGCUGCGUGUCCUCUAGGGGCGCCGCCUAUCGCGCCGAUCCAUACCAAGCGUCAGCGACCCACUGAAUCCAUUGUGUACGACCGCGUGGCAGAGCCCGGAUCGGGUCGAGAGCGGAAGCGGCGGGCCCUCGUACCGCCCCUUUCGACUUGCGCGAUCAGGAUCGAGAAUAUACCAAGCGACAAGGUCGAUCAGGAUGACGUGGUCGAGUGUUUUAGUAGAUUUGGUGACAUCUCCUCUGCUGAGGUGAAUGCGGCUUAUCGUCGUGCGGUCGUCAUCUAUCACGCUCCCGCACAAGCCGAGCUGGCGCUCAACAGUCCCGAUGCCGUUCUAGGCAACCGCUUUGUUCGGGUGUAUCGCAUGCCAGCCGACACCCACCAUUCUAGCUCCGACGUACGGAUAGGUUUUUCACCGCUGCCCUCGGAUCCUUGGGAGAGGGUACCUCAUCUGGCGGCCUCUGGUGCCGGUUCGACUGCUUUGUUUACUCCAAGUGUUAUGGCCGACCAUUUGGCACGCCUACACAUUGCGGUCAGGCUCGAGAAGAACGCGGCUGAGCAGAAGAGACUGCUGGAGAAAGUUGGUGCAUGUUCCGAUAGGGCAGAAAAGGCUGCCCUCACGAAGAAGUUGCGUCUUGCGUCGACUAAAGGAGCCAUGUUACGGACGGAAUCCGAGCGUGCGGAACAAGCUGUGAAGGGCGAUCUCGAGCUCGCACGCUUGCGAGCUGAAGUGAGUGUAGAUGCGAUCAGUCGCUUCAGAUGUUCCCGGAUUGAGAGGGACAAAUUUUGGUCUUGGUUGCAGGCUGCAGCUCUCGGGAUCGAUGCUUGUUCGCAAGAUGCUCUAUUAUGCCAUGAUGGCAAUGGAGGAGCAGGUCAGGCGCAGCGAGGACGAGGAUCGCAUAGUGGGCGGCCAUGGAGCAGUGCGGAUAUCUGCAGGCAUCGCCUCGACAACCGUUCGAAAAGCUUGCGUGUUAGAAGCAUCCCCGCGGGCACAGAUAUCGCCACUGUGCGCGAGGCUUUGGAGCGACACGGGAUUGUCACGAGCAUGGAAGCCAUCCCAGAGCUCACCAACCCGCCAUCGUACAUCGUGGAGUCCGAGUCGAUCAUGGAAGCCGAAAGGGUAUGCCAGGUACACGAGAGGGUAUUCAGCUGCAUGCGCUGACCCAACGUGUUGAACCGCAGAUUAUGAUCCAUUCAUCGGAGCUGAAGUCGGAAUUCAUGGGUUUGGAGUUAUCAUGGCGGUGA